UUGCAUUUCAAAAUCAACUUCGAUAUUUAAAAUGAACUUUUGCUGGUUUGUUUUGAUUUUUACGGCCCUGAUGGCCUGUGUUAUGGCAAACAGCUGCCCCACUGGCUUUUCUGAGGAGCAGAAUCGCUGCAUCAAGGAUCGCCCUGUGCAUGGCACCUGUCCGCCCGGCUCCAACUAUCAGCUAAAUAUCAAUAAGUGUGUGCUGGCUUAAAAAAGAUAAAUAAAGCGAUUGGACAACUAUA